AUGUUGCUGGGGAAGAGGGCGCGGCCUGCGAUGCAGAGGACGACCAGUCUGUUGGAGAUCAACUCGGGAGAGGCGCCACAGCGCCCGAGGUUCGAGGCGCCGGCGACGGAAGGGUUGAAGGCGGAGAUGGCGGGCGACAGGAGGCGGCGGCAGCAGCAGCCGGAGAACGCGCCACCAGUCUCCCAUCUGCUGCCGCCGUGGAUCCAGCGGUGGAGCUCUAUGGACGCCCCGGUGGUGCCGGCGCCGUUCUUGAGGAUCUGCGGCCUCUGCAAGCGGCGCCUCGGCCCCGGGAAGGACACCUUCAUGUACAGGUGAAUGAAUCCCUCUUUCUUUCUCACGCUCUGAGUUCUUCUUUCCGCUCCCUGGGAAUCCCUAGGCCGUGGAUCCUCUCCCUGAGAGCUUCGGGUGGUGUCUAUCAGGGGAGACGUGGCUUUCUGCAGCAUGGAGUGUAGGCAGCGCAGGAUGAACCUGGACGAGAGGAAGGAGAGAUGCUCCGUCGCUUCCAGGAAGGACGACGUCGAGGCCGGGACCUCCGUCGAGGUCGAGGCCACCGCCGCCGCAUGA